UCAGCGGGUCCUCUCCCAGCCUCUGGCAGUGGCGCCGCGAUCCCGGAGCCGAAGCGCCCUUCAGGCCGCCCCCUCCCGCUCCUCUGCCCCCGCCGCCGUCGCUGUUGAGUUCCGUCUUCUCUUCCCGGUUCGCCGAUGUCCGAGGAGAAGGCCAGCAGCCCUUCAGGGAAGAUGGGAGGCGAGGAGAAGCCGGUGGGUGCCCGCCAGGAGAGGCACAGGGAAGACGGCAAGAAGAAGAGCAAAGAAGGUUCCGGAGAUGGAGGGCGGGCAGAGUUGAAUCCUUGGCCUGAAUAUAUUAACUCGCGACUUGAGAUGUAUAAUAAACUAAAAGCAGAACACGAUGCCAUUCUGGCAGAAAAAGCAGAAAAAGAGAGCAAACCCAUCACAGUCACUCUGCCGGAUGGUAAACAGGUGGCUGCGGAAUCCUGGAGAACUACGCCGUAUCAGAUUGCGUGUGGCAUCAGUCAAGGCCUGGCGGACAACACUGUUAUUGCAAAAGUGAAUAAAGUUGUCUGGGACCUAGACCGUCCUCUGGAGGAAGAUUGUACCCUGGAGCUGCUCAAGUUUGAGGAUGAGGACGCUCAGGCAGUAUACUGGCACUCGAGUGCCCAUAUAAUGGGUGAAGCCAUGGAAAGAGUCUAUGGAGGAUGUUUAUGUUAUGGUCCACCAAUAGAAAAUGGAUUCUAUUAUGACAUGUACCUUGAUGAUGGGGGUGUGUCCAGCAAUGAUUUCUCCUCUUUAGAGACUUUAUGUAAGAAAAUCAUUAAGGAAAAACAAGCUUUUGAAAGAUUGGAAGUUAAGAAGGAAACUUUAUUGGAAAUGUUUAAGUACAACAAGUUCAAAUGUCGGAUACUGAAUGAAAAGGUGAAUACUCCAACUACCACAGUCUACAGGUGCGGCCCCUUGAUAGAUCUCUGCCGGGGUCCGCAUGUCAGACACACUGGCAAGAUUAAGGCUCUGAAGAUACACAAAAAUUCCUCCACAUACUGGGAGGGAAAAGCAGAUAUGGAGACUCUUCAGAGGAUUUACGGCAUUUCAUUCCCAGAUCCUAAGCUGCUGAAAGAGUGGGAGAAGUUCCAAGAGGAGGCCAAAAACCGAGAUCACAGGAAAAUUGGGCGGGACCAGGAGCUGUAUUUCUUCCAUGAACUCAGCCCGGGGAGCUGCUUUUUCCUGCCGAAGGGAGCGUACAUCUAUAAUACGCUUAUUGAGUUCCUCAGGAGUGAAUACAGGAGACGCGGGUUCCAGGAGGUGGUCACCCCCAACAUCUUCAACAGCCGGCUGUGGGUGACCUCGGGCCACUGGCAGCACUACAGCGACAACAUGUUCUCCUUCGAGGUGGAGAAGGAGCAGUUCGCGCUGAAGCCCAUGAACUGCCCCGGACACUGCCUCAUGUUUGAUCACCGCCCGAGGUCCUGGCGGGAGCUGCCUCUGCGGCUCGCGGACUUCGGGGUGCUGCACAGGAACGAGCUGUCGGGGGCGCUCACGGGCCUCACGCGGGUGCGGCGGUUCCAGCAGGACGACGCGCACAUAUUCUGCGCCAUGGAGCAGAUCGAGGAAGAAAUAAAAGGCUGCCUGGAUUUUCUGCGCACAGUGUACAGCAUAUUUGGGUUUUCUUUUAAACUGAACCUGUCUACUCGGCCGGAAAAAUUCCUUGGCGAUAUUGAAGUCUGGAAUCAAGCUGAGAAGCAACUUGAAAACAGCCUGAAUGACUUUGGCGAAAAGUGGGAGCUAAACCCUGGAGACGGAGCUUUCUAUGGUCCGAAGAUUGACAUACAGAUUAAGGACGCCAUCGGGCGGUACCACCAGUGCGCAACCAUCCAGCUGGACUUUCAGCUGCCCAUCAGGUUUAACCUGACCUUCGUGAGUCACGAUGGAGAUGAUAAGAAAAGGCCGGUGAUUAUCCAUAGAGCCAUCUUGGGAUCCGUGGAAAGAAUGAUCGCCAUCCUCACUGAAAACUAUGGGGGCAAAUGGCCCUUCUGGCUGUCUCCUCGCCAGGUAAUGGUAGUUCCAGUGGGACCAACGUGUGAUGACUAUGCCCAACAGGUGCGGCAACAAUUCCAUGAUGCUAAAUUCAUGGUGGACAUCGACCUGGAUGCGAGCUGUACAUUAAAUAAGAAGAUCAGAAACGCACAGCUAGCACAAUAUAACUUCAUCCUGGUUGUCGGUGAGAAGGAGAAAGCCAGCGGCACCGUGAACAUCCGCACGAGAGACAACAAGGUGCACGGAGAGCGCACCGUCUCCGACACGGUGGCGCGGCUGCAGCAGCUGCAGGGGGCCCGCAGCCGGCAGGCCGAGGAGGAGUUCUGAGGACGCGCGGUGCCCGUGCUCGCUCACGCUGCUGCCGCUCCGGAAGGCGCCGUCUGUCCCGCACUGGGAGCUGUGCGGCAGAGCCCGCGGGGGCCGCUGAGGGGAGGACCCGCUUUGGACCUCGACAAGCUUUAGAUGAUGUGUAUCUGCUGGGGAUAAUUAAAAGAGACUCAUUUACAUGAUUGUAUUCAUUAAUUACCUGAGCGCUGGAAAUAAACCACAAGGAAUGCUUUAGUGUGAUGAAGGAGAACACUUCUUUGUAAAUGUAAUGCAGUUGAAAGAAGUUUUCAAAUUUGAUUCAGGUAAAAGAAAGAUUUUAACUGGAUUAUGACAUAAAAAUACUUAAACUCGUGUAAGUUUCAUGACUUCUGACCGUCACAUACCUCCUACCCAGAACAGAUUGCAUGAUUCAAGAUUCAUCUUUCAUGUUUGAUAGCAAACAUGUUAGGGGGGUAGAGGGGAACGGGUCGCCAGUGUGUGCGGUCUCGAGCUGGGCCGUGAGCGAGAGCCUGCUUCCCGGUGACAGGAUGGCACCUUCAGGAACUCCGCCCUUAUCAGCCUGUUCUUGGACAUAAACCUUUUAACAACUAAAGCCAGCCGUGGUCUAACGGAGAGUAUUCGCACAGGUUUUUAAGAAACAUUCAUUAGAGGAAUCUGUUUAUGGCACACUGUUUUGGGCCAUUCAGUCCCUUAUUAAUACAAAUUCCCAAUUCUCUCUCAGGAUAAUUUUUGCAUUUUUCAAUCAGAGAAUGAUGAGUGACAGAACACCACGAAAUAAGGAAUUUCUUAUGUAGAUAGGUGGGAAUCUAAUCACUUUCAAAAGGCCACCUCUUACAGUUCCUGAUAUCCCCAUAGGGUGUUUGCAAGGGUCACUGAAAGUAGCCAGUUUGCAUAGGUUACCCCUCACUUUGACACGAGUGGAAGGAUCUUAUUAAUCAGGGAUUCUAGGAAAUUCUGUAAUAAAGCCUUGCUUCUGUC